GCAGAUUUAAAGCAAGCAAGCUGUACUAGAGAAAGUAACGUUAGCCUGCAGAUCAUUUUGUGCACGCGUGAGACUUGCACUGGCAUAUCUGAUGGGCACAAUCAAACACUGCCUUUGAGAUUCUGGAAAGUUUGUGGAAAGUGGGCUGAAGCUACAUUCCUGGAUAAGACCAAAGGUGGAGUCCAUCAGAAGAAGAAAAAAAGUAUCUGGACAAGUGGUCCAUUUGACUGAAUUGUGCUUCAAGAAAAAGACACAUUCUGACACAAAGUAAACCAAGCUGAAUAAGCCAUGGUACAAAGGAGACCACAUCCAUGACCUUGACUGACCUGGGUUCAGUGUCUGGAAAAUGGAUGUAUUCGAAGGGAUCCACAGGGUGCAGCUCUCCCCCUCUCCAUCUACGAUUGCCCCAUCUGGCCCGGGGUAUGAGGUGGUGGUGUCUGACCGGUCAAGGAUUGCCGUCUACUCUUCCUCUGUGUUUUUUGGCAAAGUGGACACCCAGGAAGAGCGAGCAUCGAAGUACAAAUCCGUCUCAAAGACAGCAGAGGAAAGAUGUCCUGUUGGGAGGCUAGUCGACCUGGAUCCAGAUCCGGGACUCAGCGCAGGAGGGGGACAGAUUGCGGCGAUGCCUCAGGGGGAGGAGGAUUCCAGUGGCGGGGAACACUACAACGUGUCCCGUCUGCGGAGCUCAUCAAUAGAGAUAAGGGAGAAAGGGGCCGAGUUUCUUCGGGAGCAGUUGGAUGCCGCUCAGAAGGAGUUGAAACUCAAGGGAGAGGAAGUUGAACGCCUCUCUCAUGUUCGCACCCAGCUGGAGCUGGAGCUGGAAGAACUCACUGCCAGCCUUUUUGAGGAGGCCCAUAAAAUGGUGCGUGAAGCUAAUGUGAAACAGGCAGCAGCUGAAAAACAACUGAAAGAGGCUCAGGGAAAGAUUGAUGUCCUGCAGGCCGAGGUGACCGCCCUGAAGACCCUGGUGCUGACAUCCACCCCUUCCUCCCCCAACCGGCAGCUGCACCCCCAGCUCCAGUCCCCGGGCACCAGAGGUGCACUGAGGGGGCACACCCGAAACAAGAGCGCCAGCAGCAUCCUCUCCGGCUUCCACAGCCAGGCUGAGGGCAGCUCCGCGGAGCUGCAGGCAGCCAGCAAGGAGGACAAGGAGGUGGAUUCAGUUCUGUAUGCGGAGUUCCUGUCCUGGAGAGAGGCCCCCAGUCUGGCCCGCUCUUCUGCGUUCAUGAGCCGGGUCUACAGAGAGGACAUCGGGCCCUGCCUCUCCUUCAACCGCUCCGAGUUGUCUCAGUCAGUGCAGAGUGCGGUGGAGAGCAAUUCUCUGACCAUUGAGCCGGUGGCCAUGAGUGCACUGCCUCUGGUGAAGGCCUCAGCCAUUGAGUGUGGGGGACCCAAUGGCUGGAGAGGUGCUAUAGAGACGAAGUGUGCCUUGAGUGGCAUGUCCCGGCCCUGUCGCCAUCGCAUCAAACUGGGAGACAAAGAGAGCUACUACUACAUCUCCCCCUCCAGCCGAGCUCGGAUCACAGCGGUGUGCAACUUCUUCACCUACAUAAGGUACAUCCAACAAGGCUUAGUGAGGCAGGAUGUGGAGCAGAUGUUUUGGGAAGUUAUGCGCUUGCGGAGGGAGAUGACCAUGGCAAAACUGGGUUUCUUUUUCAUGGAUGAGAGCUAGGAAAUGGUGGAAAUCAUCCUCUGAGCACAAUCAGCGUACACACACACUCACACUCACACUCACACACACACACACACACACACACACAGAAGGAGCAAUGGGCUGCGAGCAAUAUAGUUAUAUCUCCAGAGUCCUCUGUCAAUGUUAUGAUACACAGACAGUGUGGAUUGUAAGUUAUGUGUUAGAUGACAGCAGUGACAGGACCUAUUCAGUGAGUUUAUGUUAAGGUGCAACAAGGACAGCUUAUUGACUCAGCUGAGACAUGUCCUAUCUCUCUGAUCUAGUCACGAUAAGUCUGCAAGGCUUUCGAUGUCAGAUUUUUUACUGAAAAGCAUUUAGACCAGAAGAGAAAUGAGAGAGAUUAGGAGAAGAGAGACGCUGCUGAGACAGUGUUCAUUUUUCCUUCUCACAAAAUCGCAAUCGUUGUGCUUUUGAUAUUUCCCCCUUGUACACAAUGGCACGGCAUUAGUAGUAAUGGUUUAGUGGGAAAUAUUUGCAUAGCUAUAACUAUGCAGUAGAUAAGAAGAUAAGUUUACUCAUGUCAGGAGUCACUGACGCAGCACAUGUCCAUUUGCAUGUUGCAUCGUGGAGCUGACCAAGUGUUACUGCUGUGAAGUUUGAAAGGUCAAAGCAUCACCCCGACCAUCUCAGACCAGGGUGCAUCCUUAGGCAUUACUGACAUCGAGUCCACACUCCUUAUUCUAAAGCACUCAAAUCGGGACGAUGCUGCUUUUUCCAUACACUCCUCUAACGUUGCCUUUACAUUCCCUUAUGUCUCAUGUGUUCUAGCCUUGAGAGCUCACCAGGCUGCCAAGGGCUUGGUAUGAGCUUUGAGCAUCGUCUUGCUAGUUAGUUAGCACUACUAUGAAGUUCCCUCCCUGAGGUUCAGGCUGCACAUAGAUUGCACAUGACAAGUGAAUUGGAACAGAAUCAGAACCACGGAAUAAGAGACAAGUCCAGUUCCAUGUAGAGAACUCACAGAACUAAUUUGUCAGUGAAUGAUGGCCAACUAGUGUGUUUAUUCAAGAUCAGCCAAGUUCUGUUAUAGUUCAUAGAUGCACAAUUUAGAACAAAAUGUUGCCCAGAAAAUAUAAUAGAAAAUAGGCAUUUAGGUGUCUUUCAGUUCAAACUCCUUGUGUUAUUAUUAUUGUUAUUAUUAUUUUUGUUUUAUCUAAAUAUGUAUGCAUUUAGAUUUGUAAGUCUGUUAAGCUAAAUGUCUUGUUAAAUGUUGUUUAUGGGAUGAAUGAAUAAGUAGCUUUAGCGUUUGUAUUGCUGUCUCCUACAGUGGGUACGGGUUGAGAAUGCACCUUCUCCCGCGGGACUCCCGAAGAGAUCCCGCAGGCCGUCAAGCCGAUUUUUUGGCAAUGUAGGCAAUGUACCCAAACAACCACCAGGUGGCAGAAAGUUUCAUCCCGCAUUUCAAAAUGAUGAAGACCGCAUAUCCGUCAAUAGUCGACUCCUUAAUCUCAUUUAAUCAUUACAAUGAAGGUGAUGACUGGCGAAAUUAUUCAAACGACGUUUCAAUGAACCAUUGUUGAAAUGAAUGAAAGUGGUUAUAGAAAAUCGCCUACAGCCUAACGCCGACACAGCUGAUUCUUUGAUUGAUUCUAAGCUGUUUUGAUGUAGGACUAACCUACUUAGACACUUUAGUCAUAGGCAAUGUUGCCAUGUUAAUUUGGGCUAGAAGUGCUUGGUUGUGGUGGCGCUCCUGUCCGCUGCUUCUCCCGAAUUGUGUGGCAAAUUUGUCAGCAAUCAGCUUAAAUGUCAAAUCAUAUUUAUUUCUCUUUGUCGCCAUGGUAUUGGGGGAAACGCGGAGAAACGAGACGGUCAGUCCUCGUAUUUUUUCUUCGCGUUUCGUUAUAAGAAAUAUAUAGCCUAGGUAGCUUAAUAGUUAGUCUUCUUCCGUAUUGAACAGACGCCCUUUGUUCCGUAUUUUAAGGAACUACUCAAUGCACACACAAUACAAUGAACAACACACAAAGAAAUCGCUAAACAUAUAGCCUACAACCAAAUGACACUUUAAUGCAGCGUUUCUCAAACUAUGGGCCGCGAAACGUGGAGACUGCUGCUGGUCCGCGAGACAUGGAGUGAAAUUAGGUCCGGUGAUCUGAUAAUUUGCUGCGCAAUUGACCAAGCAACCGCGGACCGACAGAAAAAGAAAGCAAACGUUGCUGCUCUCGGGAGGAAAUGCUUGCUAAUUUCAUGUGUUUAAACAUAGAGCCAUACAAUUAGGUGUGUCUGUGAUUAUGAUAAUUUUCGAGCAUAACUGCUUGUCCAUAGCUCAGUGACAGGUGUUAAUAGCCUUGCCAUAAGCACUGCUGUGGAAUGCAGGUGCUUCUUUUAUUAUGCGGUUAGAGCAUAAGCGCUUACUCAUAUAGACCACUGCCACACAACGUGAAGGCCUUUGUGUUGUCAACACUUAACAGAAAGUUUCCUUCGAUGGGGAGAAGUGGCCGCAAGGACUGCAUCGAUAAGAUCAACGAAUACAGUAAUGUUUUACAACCCAGCUGGUAUCCGCUGUUCAUUCCGACAUAUCCCCACUCGGCGGUAGGCCUAGGCCUAUUUAACUUUUUUUUUUUCAAACAACGUGCCAUUGCGACAUGAGGUCAUUAAUAGGCUAUUAAUGUCAUAACUAUUAGGCUAUCAUUAGGCUUACUAUGCAUGGCUGUAAGCAGCUAUGAGGCCACUGAGAUCUGGACCUCAUCGGUUUUGUGAAAGCCGAUUGGAAAUACAUAAGUUUAGAGCGAACGUUUCAACUAUGUUUGCCAUGGUAGACAAAAACACUCAAAUAAAACAAUAGCCUAAAAAAUAACUGCAUGCGUAAUGGACACGGCUCUAUAUCCUAAAUAAUUUUCGAGGUUCGCCAUUUGGUAAUAUGACCUAUCCUUACUGACAAUAAUUUAGAUUGAGCACAACUAAAGUUGCACGAAGGCAAAAUACAGUCCUAAAAACCUAUUCUAUAUAGCCUGGCCAAUAUUGUAGAUGUGCAAAAGCAGCAUUUGCGUGCGUGCUUGCCGGUGAGGUGUAGCCUACAAAAAUGAGCAUAACAUCUGAUUAUUAAAGUAUGGCUAUAGGAUAUAGGCUAGAGAAGAGUUGGUUUAAAAUUCAAGUGUAGUAAAAAAGUUUGUGCACAUCCCCGGUCAAGGUGCAGAACAAGAGUAGGCUAAAUCAUACAAAAAUGGAAAAAGGUUCGCACACUUGAAAUCCUUCUUUUUUGAUUUGAUUUUAUUUUCGUGUGGUCUUCUUCAGAUUAAAAUUCAAGUACGUGCGCUAUUUAACCCCUCGAGACCGACUGCAGUCUGCUGACACAGCCAGACGACUCUCCCAACCCAUUCAUUCGUUUUGGCCGAUAUAACCCAUUCAUUCGUUUUGUGCGUAUAUAGAUUCCUGCAUGCUGCAUUACCGUGACCCUUAGCCUACCUUGUGGAUGAUUUUUUCUCAUUGGAAUACAGCAGGGCAGAAUGCCUUUUAUCUAACAAACGCAAAAGCUGAGAUUGUUGGAAGGACUAGGCUACUCAACAAACUUGUUUUUCGUUUCUGGGAGAUCUCGUUAUCGUUUUGGAUUGUCGGAUUUUUAUACUUAUUGUUUGGACUUAUGGACAAUGAACUUUGAGGGGUGGUUGUUAGUGCUUUACAAAGCUUUGUGUUAAUAAGUGUCGGUCCUCCUAUCCUUCAGCUCACUGCGCGAUGCAGUUGCGCAUAGUGGCCACGAAGUCAUUAACUGUUUACGACACAAUACAUGAUAUUUGUGUUUUUCGUUUCUUAGAUGUAAUGCAUGUUUCACAUGUAAACAGGCCUUCAGUCCGUUAACUUAAGGCCUUCUUUUGCAUGGGGUUGCUCGCAUCCGCCCGUAACCUAGACUAUUAUGUGCGUGGCUGCAUAGCCUACUCUUGAUUAUAAUAAGAGGCAAAUUGUUACAGGACAACUUAAACUGACUUCCCCAAUGCUUCCCCGCAGCACAUUACAUUUUAAUAUAGGCUAAUAUAGGAUGAACAAAGUCUAUGCUAUAUUAAAUCCAGUAGCCUAAUAAUUCUAUGUGCCACGUCCGAUUUCGCAAGUGAUGUAGUAGGCUACGUUUAAACAUCGACAAACGUCUGUGAGACUACCCAUUUCAUGAAGAGCAAUUGUCUUGUGCGAUCAUUCCCCCUCCCCCACACUUGUCUAACCAGUUCACUAGACAUUAUAGCCUAGGCAUUGAGGACGAUUGCCUCCCUCCCCCCUCUCUCUCGACAGACACCCGACAGGGCUCGGGAUCAUGACAUCAAAACUUCGCGGGCACAGCCACAUUGGCAGCUUCACUCCUUAGUUUACUAUGGAUUACUAUGGAUUUACUCCCGCCUUUUAGUGUGUUCCUGUUACUUAGUUUUUGCCUUCUUGGUAGUAUGUUGCUGUGUAGUGGGGUGUAACAGUGCAACCCACGAUCGCAAGAGGAAAAGAAUAAAUCGCUACUAUAUUUCUGCUUCUUGUCUUGUGCAUCUGAAUGAAUGGAUAUUACGUUCAGUGCGCUACCAAAUGGCGGCGACAUUCCUAGAAUGCAAGGCGUGUGCCCGAGCCCUAUUAUGUAAAUGUAAAAAUGUGUGUGUGUGUGUGUGUGUGUGUGUGUGUGUGUGUGUGUGUGUGGUGUGUGUGUGUGUGUGUGUGUGUGUGUGUGUGUGUGUGUGUGUGUGUGUGUGUGCGUGCGCUGAACCACGAAUUCACAUAUUAACUUUUCUUUUCAGCAGACAUCGCAAUCAUAAAAAAAUCGCAAAACUUUUUAAUAAAAUAAUGCCCCUUGUCUUAAUGGGUUCCGGAGGUGCGUAGAGUAAGUUUUGAACCCCGGUCGCUGACGUAUGAUUAAGAUGCUUCAACCAGUUACGCCACAGUUCAAGUGUCAAUCUCUUCGCACUUAGCCAAGAAAUAUAAAGGAUUCAGUCAGUCAUGUUCAUUUACUCGCGGCAUGCACUUGAAACGCCGAUCAAAAGUUCUGACAUGUUAAACUGACGUUAGUCAUUAGGCUAAUUCACCACAUGAUAAAAUGCUGUUAUAUUGACGCACAGUAGCCCACGGUAGUCUAUGCCUAUCUCUGAAUCAACAUGAACAUGCAUAACGAGAUCCAUAUAUUCUAAGUUGCUAGAAACUUCUUUUGCGGAGCUAGGCCUACUAGUCGAUGGUUACAAUGAAUCACCCUCACUGCCCUAUCGCAUAUCUGACCAUCGUUACAAUGUUACAAAAUGCGUGAUCUUCUCCAUGCAUGUAGCCUACGGUUAUAAGUAAAGUGACAUGAUAGGCAUGUAGGCAUAUUAAAGAUAGGCCUAUGUCUGUAAAAUACAUUUUAUUUUCAGUUGUCAAAAGUGGUGGGGACAAAAUCUGUGAUAAAGUGCUGGGUAAGCUACCCAGCGUCGCCGGUUAAAAUGAACAUGCCUCCGUUUUAAAAUAACCUAUAGGCCUACACAUUUCUAAGUAUUCCUAGCAUAAAUGUAGUCUAAAUGUCCAUCUUGUCCAUCUCUUUCGUCUUCGCCUUGACAAUAAUAGCCUAUUCACGGAAAUGCGGUCUUGUAACCGUAAUGAAUUAAUGAAUUAAUCUAAGGUUGCCUAUAUCGAGUCUUUCAGGUUGAAUUGAAGGCUUCUAAAACCAUUUUCAUUAAUUUCAACAAUGGUUUAUUGAAACGUCGUUUGAUUAUAAUUUCGCCAGUCAUCACCUUCAUUUUAAUGAUUAAAUGAGACGGAUUAAAUGAGACGGAUAUGCGGAGCAUUUCUCUCCCUCUCCAUUGACCAAAACGUUGCUCUGGCAUCUCUGCUGGACUGACUGAGUUAUAGGCUACGUCGAGUGAGAGAGCCAGCUGUGAGGUACGCUGUAAAACAUUCGAAAACUCUGAAACUGCAAUCUGACAUGCCGAGCGUGAUGUCUCUUUUCUCCGCUUGUCACCAGCGCGGUGUCUUCGGGUUUUUCCGUGUUUUCCGGUAUGAGCCGAACCUUCAUUUUAAUAAGGCGGUCUUAUGUUGCCCCCUUGCGGUUGCAGUUUUAAUUAAAGUCCCGAUGCUUCGGGAGUCCCGAUGUGCGGGAAAGAAAGGAGCAUUCUCAACCCGUACCAUCUGUAUAGCCAUCGCCUCAGCACACCAAUGCAUACCUUCGGUCUCUAGCAGUGGUUAGAGAAUUAGCUUUAUUACAAACUUGCUGUACACAGGUACUAUAUUAUUGCUUCAGCACAGCCUGUAGACACUCCAGAAUGUUAAUGUGUAAAUACACAAGCCAUGAUCAGUCCUAGAGGCUUGCUUUUGCAUGGAUAUACAGCCAUAUUUGUGUGUACGGGGGGGACACGUUUCAGCCUGGUUUCAGCCCCACACUCCGAAGUCUAAACCCCUGUGUACAUGAAGAGUACACUUGCAUGAUUGAAUGUCUGUAUGUUUGCAUUAGAAGUCCUUUUGAUGCACCCUAUAUGUUUAUUGUAAAUUGUAAAAAUGUGUUGCUGUUCUGGGCCUGUGUGGUACAUAGGUUCUAAGCUGCCUUAUAUGAUCUGAGAACGAACUAAACUCAAGUGCACUAUUAACAUGCCACCGUGGACGUUUAGGUCAAUAAAAAUAACAGUACCAGCAGAGGA